CUCGAUGCGGGUGAGUGAAAAAGUUCGCGCGAGUCGCUUUGCAGCCAUUUCCGGGUUGGGAGACCUUUCCUCGCAUCGAUCCGAGAUCAGGAGAAACGGCCCAACUAACUGAAAAACGAAAGACACCUGUAGCUUCUCUGGCUCAUUCUGAAGAAGCCUUCCAAGUAGCUUGAUGUACUCCACUCCCAGCAAGGAAACAGUUGUAGGGUAAUGGAAAGACCAGUUGAAGAACUCCAUAAGAAUUGCCUUCAGGAGAACGAGGAAGAGGUUGUGGCAGCCUCCAAUAUCUCUUCUACUCUUUGCUUGGACAAUGUGGAAAAAAUGCAAGCAGACAUGUUGGAGAAGGCCAGGGAGCUUUUUCGGCUCUGUGACAAAGAAGAGAAGGGCUUUAUAACCAAGUUUGACAUGCAGACGCUGCAAAGUGAACUGCCCCUGACUACCGAACAGCUGGAGGCUGUGUUUGACAGCUUGGAACAAGACAAUAAUGGGUAUCUCACACCCAUUGAAUUCAGUAUGGGGCUAGGAAAGUUCAUAGGAAUUGAGCGGUACCAGAGCUCUAGAAGUCUUAGACACGAGGAGACCUUUGAGUCAGGCUGGUCUGAUGACUUGGACCAGGCAGAUGAGGAGGAGAAGCAGUUUUGUUCCAUGAUGGAGCAGCUGGAAGCAUCCCAGGUUUUUGAAGAUCAGAGUGAUGUUCAGGAGCUUUGGGCUCGACUCCAGAAAGAACAACCAGAGCUUCUGACCAGUUUUGAAGAGUUCUUGUUCCGCAUCUCUUCUUACAUUAAAGAAAUGCACCAUGAGAAGGAAUCCAUGGAACAGGUUCUGAAACGGAGGGAGACAGACCAUGACAGAGAAAUCAGGUGUCUCUAUGAAGAAAUGGAGCAACAAAUUAAAGCAGAAAGGGAACGGCUGCUCUGCCAGGAGUCGAUGAGGCAUGACAGGAGAAACCUGCUGCAGAAAGAGCUGCAGAACAAAGAGCAAGAAUUUGAGAAAAUCCUCUACCGGCAGAAAAAGUUAGAACAUCAGUUACAGACUAUCAGUGCUGAACAGCUGGAGAUGAGGGUACAAAAUGAGAGACUGCAGCAUCUAAAUGACAAUCUCCUGGAACAACUGGAGAGAAGCAAAUGGGAGCUGGAAGUAGCCCGCGGCCACCUGGAACAGCUACAGCAAGAAGCCCAGCUGGAACAGCAGCAGAAGAACAGGGAUGUAAUUCAAGUCUCUAAGAACAUGCAGAAAGAGAAACAAAGCCUCUUGCGACAACUAGAGCUGCUCAGGGAGAUGAACAAGAAGCUGCGAGAUGAGAGAGAUGCCUUCGAAACCAAGAAGUUGGUUAGUCUGAGACCAAAACUUUUAGCCUCCAGUCACCUUCCCUUGGCCUGCUGCAUUUGCUGCCAUCAUGUGGGGUCAUUACAGUUACGUGGGGGACAUUGACUGAGGCCUCGUGUUUUUAAUAGUAUCUGCAGAGGAGCAUUCUUUGCAUCCCUAAGUUUAAAGAGAGCUGUAUAUUAAAACCUGGGAAUUUUUAAAUUGUAAUAGAAGCCAUCUAAUAUGACAUACAAGGAAAAGGUCUCUAGUUGAGUGGACAUGGAAGGAAAUGCGGUAUUUUAUACAUAAUCUGAGAAUUGGGCACCAGAGGCAGAGGAACUAUAGCUGAAAAACCAUCACCUGGUUUAAAGAGUACCUCAGAUGUUCCAUUUCUUUCUGUCACCAUUCUGGAGGACAGACUGAAACUUCCCUUUGCAAGUGCUAUAACUUGCUUCAGCUUGAAGCCACUGGUUCGCCUGCUGGUGGCUCUACUGUGCCAGCUUGUCACCUCGCCCUUGUAGGCUUAUUGAAUGUGCUUCCUUAACUGUGAAGGAGAAAAAGCAGACUGCAAAAACAAAAUUUGUUUUGUCCUUUUCUACCCCCCUUCCUUUUGGGGAUAAUGUAAGGAGAGAUGAUGUAUGUGAAAAAGUCAUUCAGUAGCCCAGCACGAACCAGCAAGUUAUUAUCAAAAUGUGAAGUUCACCUCCAAGAAGACUUCUCUUGUUCCACUGUGAAAUAUUUCUCUUGCUGCUGAUUUGCCUACUCUUGAAUGAAGUUCAGGAAUGAAAUAAAAGGAAAAGUUUGUUAAUAAAUAACUGCCUUUUUCAAUGAUGUGCCUGCACAGAUCAGAAUUUUUAUGAAACUUGACUGGAGAUUUUUUUGAAGUUGCUAAGCAUGAUGGUAUGAAUGGGGAACAGGGAUUUUCCUAGUUUGGCAUCUUGGUUUUCUUGUGUCUGUGAGCUCAUGUGCAUUCCAGAAUAUAAUUCUACUCCAUGUUUGUUAUUACUUGUCAUGUGGCUGCAUUGUCAGAUAAGCAGAGGGUGGGGAAAAUGUAUAUGUAACCUCCAUGCUGCACACAUUUAAUGUGCAUGUUUUGCAUUUUUGAUGUUUUCAUACAAUUGCAAGCCUCUUAGGCAAUAGGCAAAUGAUCCUUUGAAGCUGUUAUCACAUCCUGGUGAGGACAUGAGGUUAAGUGCAUGAUCAAGAGCUCCGAGAAAAUCACUCCAAAUAUGAAUGCUGAUGAUGGAAAGUGUCAUCAAUUUAUGGUGACUCUAGGGUUUUCAAGUCAUAAGACUUUCAGAGGGGGUUUGCCAUUGCCUGCCUCUGCUGGGCCAAGAGAGUUCUGAGAGAACUGUGACUGGCCCAAGGUCACCCAGCAGUCUUCAUGUAGGGAAUCGACCCCAGUUCUCCAGAUCCAAGUCCAACAUUCUUAAUCACUACACCACACUGGCUGUCAAAGAUGAGUACAUAUGGAAAAUGUAACCAUGUUGGUUCUCUAGGAAGAGUUGGCAUGAAUCAAGAGAAAGUGUUAAAAAUGCCAGUUCUUGAACAUAACUGACAGCCCUCUUGUACCCCCCCCCCCUUCUGUGUACAUCAUCAGACAGCUUCUUCUGCUGGCAACAAUAACUAAGUGGAAAGAAAAAGGUUUGCCAAUUCAGCAGUAAGUUGAUGUGCAAAAGCUUCUCUCUGGAAGCCUGUCAGUGAUUGAUUUUAUUUAUUACUUUUUGCCAAGAUUGCUGUUUUUUUACUUGCAUCUGUAGGAUCUGUUACUGUAUAUUUAUCAAAAGGUGGUGCUAAUAGUAGGAACUUCUUCCAAACCUGCUUUUGGAACAUCUGCAAACUGCUGCACUUCCAAAAAUCACUUUGGCUGGAAAAUACUUCAAUGCAGACUAUGGUGCACACUUCAGACUCACAGCAGAUCUAUACAGGGGAGCAGGUUUCCUCAUGUGAAUGCAGACAGCUGGACAUACCCAUUCCGAGCAUCAUAUAUCUUUUGGGCCUCAUUGAACAGGCCUGGUGUGUCAUCUGAAGUAUUCUUCUCUGGAAGAGGCCUGGAGCUGAUUGAGAUUGGAAUCUGUGUGAUUUAAUACCGUGCCUCAUGAACCUUGCUUGCUCACGACUUCAGUGCUGGAUUUUCACAGGCUGUACUUGAGUAGAUUUCAGAGUAAUGAGCAUAUUUACUGUGGUGAGUCUCACAGAGACAUGCUAGUCUGGUUAACAAAUUGACUCAUGAUUACCAUUCCAGUGUGUUUUCUAGCUAAGGUAGCCAAGAAUCAUUCUUUAGAUCCAGAAGCCCUAGUUUCAGUCUUCAGCAGAUGCAUUCUAUCUGUGAGUCCCAUUACAUAUAUUUGGUGUGUUUAUUGUUGAUGUUAUGACCUCAGUACAUUUCAGAUAUCAUUCAAUUAUUGAAAUGUGUACCAGUGCCCCGAAGCUCUUUGUUUUCUGCCAUGAUAAAAUUUCAUGUGUUUUGUUGCCAUCAUUAUCAAAUCCUUCAUGUUUGUGUGUUCUGCUGUUUCAAAUCAAUGUUGCUUCUUCACCAUCUGUGUAAAGGCAAAAGUUACAAUAAAAGUGGUUAGGACUAGAGAAAUAGCCAUCAUAUGAUUGUCAUUUUUCAUUGUAUAAAAUGUAUUUCUUUUAUAUGGUUGUGGUUUACCAUGUUGUGGUUUACAAGGUCACUUUGAGGAUCAGUGAAAUGUUUAAGACUGGGUUCUGAAUAAACUUGGAGCACACA